CAGAAUCCAUCCUGGAGCUGCGAACGACAUCAUCUCCACUAGAAGGUUUAUGACGCCUCGAAACAGUAAUAUCAUUAUCAGCUGGGUAUGGGCACAACAACGAUCUUCCAGGGGGCCGUCGUACAUCCAACAGAUCAAUCGACACUUGAAGUACUUGACGACGCGACAAUCAUUGUCACAGACGGUCGCAUAGUUGCUUUUUACAAAUCCAGCGAGGAAGUCCAUCGAAUUACUACCCCACUAGAUGCUGUCACUCAUCAUCUGCCGGUCGGCGAAUUCUUAAUCCCAGGAUUUGUUGACACUCAUAAUCACGCCCCUCAGUGGCCGAUGCGAGGACGCGGCCAAGGCUUACACAUUCUCGACUGGCUGGACCAGGUUACCUUUCCCGUCGAGGCCCGGUUUGCCGAUCCUGCGUACGCAGCCAGCAUCUAUGAGGACACAGUCGCAGACUUCCUCCGACAUGGAAUUACUACGGCGUCGUACUACAGCUCGCGGCACGCUGAGGCAACUUGCCUCCUGGCUGAUGUUUGUCACCGUAAAGGUCAGCGUGCUUUCAUCGGUAAAUGCAAUAUGGAUCGUAACGCACCCGACUACAUCCGCGAGCCAGACGCUGAGACCUCGAUUCGGGAGACAGAGGAGUGCAUACAGCAUAUUCGCGGACUACCGGGAUGUGGUAGAAUUGAAGGCUCGUCCGCAUUGGUCACUCCCGUCGUGACCCCAAGAUUUGCAAUCUCAUGUUCUCCAGAGCUACUACGUGGCCUCGGAGAUCUGUUGAUAGCAGAUGAAAUGCUCCCGAUGCAAACGCACUUCAAUGAGGCAAAGCAAGAAAUCAUUGCUACAAAAGAUCUGUUCCCCGAGUUUAACGGAAGCGAAGCGGAUCUCUAUGAAAGCUUCGGCCUUUUGAACCAGCGCAGUAUUCUUGCACACUGCACAAUCAUGACGGAACACGAGAAGGAGCGGAUCAAAAAGCUGCAGUGUGGUAUUGCUCAUUGUCCGAUUGCCAACAUGACCGUAGGAGGUGGCUUCAUGGUUGCCCCGAUACGAGAUUUCCUACGGCGGGGUCUCAAGGUCGGACUAGGUACAGAUAGCGGUGGGGGAUGGGCUUCACAGAUGUUGGCUGUUAUACGGCAGACAUUGAUCGCAUCCAACGCCCAGGAAGUGCUUUCGGGCGGAAAGGACAAAGCACUCUUACUCGAAGAGGCUUUCUAUCUCGCUACGAUGGGAGGUGCCAGGGUCAUGUGUCUUGAAGACCAAAUCGGCAACUUCAAGGUUGGAAAAGAUUUCGAUGCGGUGUGGAUAACGACAACUUCAGGCCUGAAGUCAGCUAUGACACCGGUUGAGCCUUCUGACACAUUACGGACGCAAUUCGAGAAGUUCAUGCUCACAGGAGAUGAUAGAAAUAUGGCGCACGUGUUUGUACGAGGGCGUCGGGUAGCUGGUCAGGCUGCAAUUGGGUGAUAAGUACGUACGUUUGGGCAGCAAAUCCUUCUAACCGGGUCAUCAUGUCUUCAUCCUCUGCUCGUCAUACCUGAUCUAGCGUCGAUGCUUCCAUGUCCAGUGUUGUAUCUUAUCAUGCUGUUCUCGCACGAUAGCCCAUAUUGACAGAAUGACAUGCGAGGUCUUGUAUCGGCGAUGCAGCAAAUAUCUCUCGUAUUUUUCGCAUUGCGGCUUGAGAUGUUCGCACACUUUUUCUCAACCCCGGCCGAUGAUUCAUGCCGGGCAUGUUGAAAAAAUGACGGGGAAAGGAUUGGUGUUGUAGCAAGUCUCUACGAG